AUGUUUAAAUUUCUGCACGACAUAGAUGUAGCGAAGAAGAAACUCCUAAACACCAUUAACAACAAAUUGGCACUCCCGAACGAAGACGAUGAGUGCCACUUCCCGGGGGACGAAGAAACAAUGAGAUGCGCAAUAGGGGUAGGGGAGUGCUCGCUCCCAAGAAAAGGGCACCUUCGAAACGGAGAGGAAGAAGACGAUAACGAUGGAGAAGACGAUUCAAGCGAAUCUGAUAAAGACGACUCAACCGAAUCCAAUGGUAACAACGUUAGCGAAUCCGAUGGUGAGGCGAAAAGAAGUGUGCGAAAUAGACAUGAAGAAUCUAACACAUGUGAGGAUAACGAAAAAAGGGAAGACGAAAUUGGGGGGGUGGAGUGGAGAGGAAAGGAUGCUACGUCGAUGUGUGGGUCUCCGCAAGGGGAUUGGCAAGCGCACAGCGACAGCGACGGAAGUGAUGAACAUGACCAACCUGAUGAUAAAUGUGCUAACGAGCCUGAUGAUAAAUGUGCCAACCAACAUGAUGAUAAAUGUGCUAACCAACGUGAGCGCUGCGCCGUGCCGCUUAACGAAGCCAAAGUGAGUGAAGAAAGAAAAAGAAGUUACCCCCCCAAGUUAAAGAAAGAAACAAAAACUGGAACGAAUAUCCAUGUAGAGUCUACCUUCUACGACCAUCUCAAAGAGAAAGUUGCAAACCAUCUGUGUUGCAAAGUUCAAGGUAGAGAGUAUGAUGAGGUGGUAAAGCAAAUGAUCCUAUUAAGAAAUUCGUCCGACGAAAAGGCGAAGUCAAUGGUGGAGACUGAGAAAAACCAGUCCACAGAAAGGAACUGCUCGCUUAAGCAACAUAGGAAGAUGGCCGUAGAGUGCGCCACAAAGAUAUGCGAUCUGGUACUAGGCGAUAGGACCAAGGUCCUUGAAAAACUCCGACUCCUUCACAGUGGAGACGAAGAAAACGUGAAAGAACAGGAGGAAAAAAUUCUACGGAACGAUGAAGAAAUAAUUGAAUUAAGAAGGAGAAAUAAAAUGCUUAACGACAUAAACGAAAGACAAACGAAACAACUGCUACAAUUAUCAUGUCAACUUUCUUCCAACAUAAAAAGUGAUUCCGAAACCAGUGAACGGAACUACAUAAGUGCUAAAGUAGACUCCAUGGAGAAGGAGCUAAGUCAAUUGAAGGGAGAAGUAGCUAUGUUAGAAGAGCUGGCAAAUGAUAAAAAUGUACAUGUAAAAAAAAAUUACGAAUUAGGGUGCUUAAUAAAAUCAAUGGAAAUUUCUCUACAGAAGAAAUCUCACCUCUGUGCUUCAUUAUGGAGAGAGAAACAUCAACUCCAAGAAAAGUUACAACGGUGUCGUGAGAAGGUGCAACAUUUGAGGGAGGAUCUCCGUGUCUGUAGGUAUGAUUUGCUGGACAUGCAGCGUAGCGGAAAACGACUCGCUUUCCAGAUUAGGGGUUUUAUCAGGGCCCAUGGCGACAGAACCGAGGGGAUUUUUCUGCGCUGUCACAAAAGGAAAGGGCGGCUGAAGAUACACGCCAGAAGCGAAAACGGUACCUCUAAUGAUUUAGUGAAGGAUCCAACAUCGGAACAUUCAAACGGAGCAAUUUUUGAGAGCCACCCGAAUAGUGUCUACCCUCCGCGUCGUACAUGUAGCGUCGACCUUCCGAGACGUCUACCAGCGGGGCCCCAGAGUCACACAUUCAAUUACUGCACCGGUGCUGGUGCCAACCGGUGUAGCAACCGAGAUACCUUGGAGGAGCUCGCUUGCAAGCUAAAGAACUACAAAUUUUUUAUAGAAGAAUGGAAGUCUUCGCAUAUUAGAAACGAAAAAAAAAAAGAUGCGGAAUUGAAAGAAACAAAAAAACUGUUAUCACAACAGGUUACAAAAAAUGAAAUGCUAGAAAAAAAGUAUCAAUCUCUUUUGGAGAAAAUGAGAUCGCUUGACAGGGGACCACACAACAAAGGUAGUGACAUCGACAGUGCAAUGCGUAACGUCGCAGACGGAGAGAUGCAUUGUGAAGGAAGUCACCAGGACGGGGUCUGCCCCCAAACGGAAGAAUUCAUAGACGAAGUAAAUUUUCUAACGAGAGAAGUAGAAAAGCUGCGAGAGGACCAGGUACUCUUGCAGGAGGACGUUAAAAAGAAAAGCACAAUUAUCCUGCACCUUAUAAAGAAACACCCCCUCAGCGAGGAGCAUUUCAGAUUAGACAACAACCUUCCCAUACUCAACAACAAACUAACGUACGAUGAAAUGAGGAAGAUUAUGGAGGAGACCCUUAUUGAAAACAUUCGCCUACGCUCAGACUUGCUUACCCUUGCCAAAUGUGUCCAGGGUGAUAGCACUGCUUCUUGUGUUGGACAAGACAACUCUGGUGCCUAG